UUAUAUGUGUCUUGCAAUUUGAUCCUGCGGCGCUCGGUGCGGUGCUCCGAUCGGAGAGUAAUUUACGCGAAUUCCUGGGCAUCCGGGUCCCCGGGACCUCCUGGGUUUUCUUCCCACGCCCGAUGCCACCGUCGCCCCGCCGGUGUGACGUUCCGUUGUCGCGCAGCAUCCAACAUUCGAUCGUGUCGAGCAACGACGAUCACCAGGAAGACAGUGCACACGCACACAUAAGAGCAUUGUCUCGCCGAGUCUUCGUGUACAUGAAUGCAAGUUUGUGAGUAAUGCAGGGCAUGAUGCCAGUUAAGACAAAAUCUCGUGUUCCCGAAAAUAUGGGGGUCACAGGUGGACUGGUAGAUGUUCGUGCUAAGCAAGUUCUAAGGGAGGCUGUAGACGCUGUUGUUAAUAGUUUUGCAAAGCACAGUCAAGGUUAUGGCAGAGUAAAUGUUGUGGAAGCAUUGCAAGAAUUUUGGCAAAUGAAACAAGCUCGAGGAGCAGAGCUGAGAAAUGGUGCGUUAGUUAUUUAUGAAUCUGUACCUGGCGCGAAUCCACCUUACGUUUGUUAUGUAACACUUCCCGGAGGAUCUUGUUUUGGAAGUUUCCAAAAUUGCCCCACAAAAGCGGAAGCGCGCAGAUCAGCUGCGAAAAUCGCAUUGAUGAACUCAGUUUUCAAUGAACAUCCAUCCAGAAAGAUUACUGAUGAUUUUAUCGAGAAAGCUGUUGCAGAAGCAAGAGCUAGUUUUGCAAAACCAUCGGCAACAUCGAACGGAGUGGGUAGUCAGGCGCAAGGAAACGGUGAUGAAAAAGAGGAUCCGAACACGGGGAUAGGUGCUUUUCGUUUUAUGUUAGAGUGCAAUCGCGGUAGAACAAUGUUAGAGUUCCAAGAGCUGAUGACGGUCUUUCAGUUGCUUCACUGGAACGGUUCUCUAAAAGCCAUGAGGGAGAGACAGUGCAGCAGACAGGAAGUGGUCGCACAUUACAGUCACCGCGCGCUGGAUGACGACAUGCGUAGCCAAAUGGCGCUGGACUGGGUGGCCAGGGAGCACGAGAGCGGCGGCGGCGUCGUGGCUAUGGAACUUGCGCUAGCCGAGCGAGAGCUCGAGACCGCGCGACUAGCCGGACGGGAGCUCAGAUUCCCGAAGGAAAAGAAAGACAUAUUGAUGCUCGCUCACGCGCAAGUCUGUCCGCAGUAAUUCCGACGCGAAUGUCGCCAGCCUAAAUACGAGACCGCAAGACUGGUCUUCCGCAAGAAAUAACAAUAGUCUUAAAAAGAAGAAAACAAUAUUUCUUUGGUUGUUUUUGGACAGUUUUACUUCUUUUUGAUACGUUGAAUUUAUUUUAUACGGCAUAAAUUACUCCGUCCUUUUUAUAAAUCAUAUCUCCUUAUAGUGCUUUUCUCUAUAAAGCGUUCGUGGUGAUAAUAGAUUUUAAAUGGGAUAUUUUUAUAUAUUACGACAAAAUAGGAAUAUAUACUCUAAGUAUAUGCAACUGCCAUUAAGUGUUAAAGAUAUGCUAUGUGCUAAAGAAACAUUGGCAUUUAUACGUAUCAAAUCUAAUUAUAAUUCUUCAGUGUAUAUACGUUGGGAAACAGCUUUGUCUUCCAUUAUAUAUUCAUUAUAUAUAUAUAUAUAUAUAUACAUAUAUAUAUAUAUACAUUUUGUACAAUUACUAAUCCUUUUUAUCGUUAUCAGAGCAUACAAAUGAUAGAAUGCUGUUUUGCGCAACGUUUGAAAAUUGAAAGUGUUGAUAGAUAAGUAGAGUGUGCGCGCACACACAUAUGUGAUAUUUUCAGAAUAAAACGAACUUAUAAAGAGUUUUUAAGAAAAAAUUUUAACAUAACGAGCUAUGCAAACAGGGUAGAUAAUGUAAAAGUAAUGCAAAAACUAAUAUAAAUUGACUUUCGGCUGUAUAUGUUAUGUACUUAAUUAUAUUUAGUUAUGAAAUUUGAGAAAUGGAAACUUGACUUAUUCUGAAGUAGCUUCUUUUUUUUUUAAGGUGACUUCUUUCUGUUCAACGACAUGUGUACUUCUAUUCCGAGAAUAUUAACAUGAUGAAAAAGUAAGCAAUUAUAUUGUUCCGAUAUUCGUACAUGUACUGCUGUUACAGAUUAGUAUAUUUUAUAUAUUGCACUCUGAAAAGGGUAAUUUGUCACUUUUUUUAUAAGAACAGUUAAAUAGGAUAUAA